UUAUUUAACAUUUCGUGAGUUAAUUUUGAUAUCAACUAUUUUUGGUCUAAUAAAAUGUCUAGAUUUGGAAUAAAAAGAGUCAUGUUUUGGAGCGUGAGUUUAUUAAAUAUGAUCAUGUGCUUGACUAUCGCUCAGAAAGCUACUUUCGAGAAUUAUAAAGUUUUCAGUAUUAUGCCGACUACAGAGAUACAAAUCAAACAACUUUUCCAAAUGGAUAACAUUCAUAAUGGAUUCACCUUUUGGAAUACGCCAGCCCUCACAAAUAGAAUAGUAAAUCUUAUGGUUGCCCCGGACAUAUUGCCGCUGUUCUACGAAAUAAUGGCCCGAAUUAAUAUAUCUUAUCAGAUUAACAUCGAAAACGUUCAAAAACUUGUCGAUCAGACGAUGCCUUCGAAUCGAUUAACGUCUUUCGAUUUUAACAAUUAUCACACUCUCGAAAGAAUCUAUAUGAAUUUGAAUAAUUUGGCUAAGAAUUAUCCGGAUAAUGUACAGAUCAUUAUAGGUGGCACAACGUAUGAAGGACGCGAGAUCAAAGGUGUCAAAGUAUCUUUCAGGGCGAAUAAUCCUGGAAUCUUCAUAGAAGGAGGAAUUCACGCCAAGGAGUGGAUCUCGCCGGCAACUGCCAUGUAUAUCUUACAUCAAGUGCUGACCAGCAAUGAGGUGGAUAUUAGAGCUUUGGCAGAAAGUCAUGAUUGGUACAUUUUUCCUGUAUUUAAUCCUGAUGGAUAUGUAUAUACACAUACUACGAAUCGAAUGUGGAGAAAGAAUCGUAAACUAUCAAAUUCUUUCUGUGUUGGUGUAGAUCUUAACAGAAAUUGGAACUAUAAAUGGAAUACUCACACAUUGAAAAAUGAUCCAUGUUCUAAUAACUAUGCAGGAAGUGGGCCAUUGUCUGAAAUAGAAACGAAAAGUAUGUCUAAAUAUAUAAAGACCAUUUCCGACAAGUUUUAUGCGUAUAUUGCAUUUCACAGUCAUGCGCAGUUGUUAUUAUUUCCUUAUGGGCACACAAAAAAUCAUCUUGAUAAUUAUGAUGAAUUACAUGAUAUCGGUUUGAAAGCCAUUGCAGCUCUCAAGAAAAAAUAUGGAACUGAAUAUCAGACCGGAAAUAUUGCAGAAAAAAUGUAUAGGGCCACAGGAAGUAGUGUAGAUUAUAUUAAGGCUACUUAUGGUAAGCAAAUCACUUAUACCUAUGAGUUACGUGAUCGCGAUAAUUAUGGGUUUUUGCUGCCCCCUGACCUGAUUAUUCCGACUGGAGAGGAAAUUAUGGACUCUCUUGUAGUCAUGUUCAAAGAAGUAAAAGCAUGUAGAAGCUUGUCAUUAUGGAAAUUUGUGACAAGUGAUUUACUAAAUUAA